AUGAGCAUCAGUGUCUCCCUCACUGCCUCCUUUCCUCCAGGGCUCCGGCUGGUCAAUGGCAGCAGCCCCUGUGAGGGCUGAGUGGAGCUUCAGGUGCAGGGCACUUGGGCACCCCUCUGUGCAGCCCGUUGGGAUUUAGCAGAUGCCACCGUCCUGUGCCACCAGCUCAAUUGUGGGAAUGCAGUGGCCACACUGGGAGGAGGUCAUUUUGGGGAUCAGGAUACUCCCAUCUGGCCAGAUGUGUUUCACUGUGUGGGGGCUGAACUCUACUUGUGGAAUUGCCCAUCCAGCAUCCUGGGAGCAAAGCCCUGUGCCCUGGGAAACUCUGCCUCCAUCCUCUGCUCAGGUCUCUCCAGAGCCCUUAGGCUGAGGGAUGGACAGAGUCGCUGCGAUGGCCAUGUGGAGGUCUCCCUGAACGGAGUGUGGGGCCGCAUCCUGGAUGACGCCUGGGACCUGCAUGCUGCCAGUGUUUUGUGUAGGCAGCUUGGGUGUGGAGAGGCCCUGAAAGCCUAUGACUCCUCAACCCCUCCCCAGGGUGCAGUCCCAGUGGGGCUGAGCCAGACAUCCUGUGUGGGCUCGGAGACCCGCCUGACCCAGUGCAAUAUUUCAGUGUCCCCCUUGGUGCCUGUGGGGACCUUACAGGCUGCAGGUGUUGUGUGCUCUGGGAGCCUUCGGGUGCGGCUGGCUGGAGGUCCUGGCCGCUGUGCAGGGCGUGUGGAGGUGCUGUACAGAGGUGCAUGGGGCACGGUGUGUGAUGACGCCUGGGACCUGCAGGAUGCCCAUGUGGUCUGUGAGCAGCUGGGCUGUGGCCGCGCCCUCAGCACUACAGUGGCCGCACACUUUGGGAUGGGAUCGAGACCUAUCUGGAUGGAUGAGCUUGGCUGCCUGGGCAAUGAGUCUGCACUGUGGCAGUGCCCAUCGCGGGGCUGGGGCCAGCACGACUGUGGGCACAAGGAGGAUGCCGGGGUCUUCUGCUCAGAGUUCACGGAUCUCAGGCUGCGGAAUUAUGGUCAGCCAUGCACAGGGCGGCUGGAAGUUUUCUACAAUGGGACUUGGGGUGGAGUCUGCCCUGCUCUGAAUGCUGCCUCCUUGGGGAUCCUGUGUGAUCAGCUGGGCUGUGGUUCCCAAGGGCAGCUGCUGGCCAGGGCAGGGAGCUGGCCUUCUCCUGGAGCUUUCUGGCUGGCUUCCAUUCAGUGCAGGCCCAGGCAUGACAGGUCCCUGUGGCAGUGCCCUUCAGCACCCUGGGACCAGCAUUCCUGCUCUAGUAUGGAGGAGGCCUGGGUCCUUUGCUUAGUGAAGGCAGAAAUUCCUGAGGACCAUGAGCAGACUCUCAACUGUUCAUCCAUGCUCAGCUGCCCUUCUUUCUAUGCCCUGGUUCACCUACACAACCCACUGGGGUUCCAGAGAUGACCACUGUCUCCUUUUUCAGAGGAGGGUGCACUGCAUGUGCGGGGCGAGGAUGGCUGCUUAGGACGUGUGGAGCUCUUUUAUUCAAGCUCCUGGGGUACCGUGUGUGAUGACUCCUGGGACCUGGCCGAUGCUGAGGUCAUGUGCCGACAGCUGGGCUGUGGCCAGGCUGUGGGAGCAUUGCAGGGGGCUACCUUUGGUCCUGGAUCAAGGCCUGUGUGGCUGGAUGAGGUGAGGUGCCAUGACAGUGAGUCAUCACUGUUAGGCUGCCUGGCUGAGUCUUGGGGACAUGGUGACUGUGCACACAAGGAAGAUGCAGGUGUUCAUUGCUCUGGUGAGCCCCACCUUUCUCUGUUCCCCACAGCCCCUUCCCUGACCCCUCCACCUAUUGCUGAGGCCUGGACUCUGCCAAAGACUUCCUGCCUCGUUCUUGGCUGCCUCCUGGGCCUUGUCUUCUUUGUUCUGGGAGUUCAAUAUUGCUACAGCAGAGCUGCCUGCAUGGGAUCUGGACUUUCUGAGCCCCUGCCCUCUGAGGGUGUCUAUGAGGACAUCGAACCUGUUCCUGAGCAGGAGACAGAGAAGAGGCCCUCGGGGUCUGGAGACCCAGUGCUGGAGGAUUAUGAUGACAUAGAAGAGCCUCAGCCAGGCCAUGGGGAGGAAGCGGAGGAAGCAGAGGAGUUCAGAGUCCUACUCAGCCCCAUGGGUGUGCAUCUCUGUGCCUUUGGGAUCAUUGUGCUCGUCUUGCUCUACUGCUUCUACUUAGAAUGCUGUGCUCAAGUUGACUCCUAUAUUUAA